UUCCAGAAUCCCCAGCUUGGUCCCAAGCGUGAACCCCCGAACGACUGGCUGGCAGAGGGUCCGUGCCGAGGUCUGCCGGACGCAGCCACAAGAACUCUCCUCGGAGCCCAGGGCAGAGGACGUGAGGUGGAGGGAGGAUGAGGCCGGCGAGGCGGCGCUGAGACCCAGCCCGGGAGGAGGAGGAGGACGACGACAACGAAGAGGAGGACGAGGGAGGACUAGGCGGGCGGCAGCAGCCCUGCUCAUGCCUGCCAGGAUGAGAGCGCACCACUGCCUCUGGCUGCUCUUCUGGUUAGGCCAGCCCCACCCCAGCACGUCCAGCCCCCUGCCUCGAAGGAUCAGCAGCCUGGAAGAGCAGGGGCCAGUGCCCGCGGGCAGCCUCAACAGCCAUGGCGGCCAGGGACUCAGCCGCUCACGGAGAAGUUGGAUGUGGAAUCAGUUUUUCCUCCUGGAGGAGUACACAGGAUCUGAUUACCAGUACGUCGGCAAGUUGCACUCGGACCAGGAUCGAGGGGACGGGUCUCUGAAGUACAUCCUCUCGGGGGACGGGGCGGGGGACCUCUUCAUCAUCAACGAGAACACGGGGGACAUCCAGGCCACGCGCAGGCUGGACCGCGAAGAAAAGCCAGUCUACGUCCUGCGGGCGCAGGCCGUCAACAGGAGGACGGGGAGGCCGGUGGAGCCCGAGUCCGAGUUCGUCAUCAAGAUCCAUGACAUCAACGACAACGAGCCGCUGUUCUCGGAGGACGUGUACACGGCCACCGUGCCCGAGAUGGCCGACCUCGGGACGUUCGUUGUCCAAGUCACGGCGACCGAUGCAGACGACCCCACCUACGGGAACAGCGCCAGAGUGGUGUACAGCAUCCUGCAGGGGCAGCCCUACUUCUCCGUCGAGUCGGAAACAGGUAUCAUCAGGACGGCUCUGCUCAACAUGGAUCGAGAAAACAGGGAGCAGUAUCAGGUGGUCAUCCAGGCCAAGGACAUGGGCGGCCAGAUGGGAGGACUGUCGGGCACCACCACCGUGAACAUCACGCUGACCGACGUCAACGACAACCCACCUCGCUUCCCCCAAAGCACCUAUCAAUUCAGAACUCCCGAGUCGGCCCCGCCGGGAACGCCGAUUGGCAGAAUCAAGGCCCACGAUGCAGACGUGGGUGAAAACGCAGAGAUUGAAUACCGCAUCGCCGACGGAGAGGGCUCGGACAUGUUUGACGUCAGCACCGACCAGGAGACACAGGAGGGAAUUCUAAUGGUCAAAAAGGUGCUGGACUUCGAGAAGAAGAGAGCAUACAGCCUGCGGGUGGAAGCGUCCAACCCACGCACCGAGUCCCGCUUCCUGCACCUGGGCCCCUUCCAGGAUGCGACCACGGUCAGGGUGGCGGUGGAGGACGUGGACGAGCCGCCCGUCUUCGGCAGGCGCGCCUACAUCCUCCAGGUCCGGGAGGACGCCCCGCUCAACAGCACCGUGGGUUCCGUGGAUGCCCAGGACCCGGAUGGGGCCAAGAACGCUGUCAGGUAUUCUGUUGAUCGCCACACAGACAUGGACAGGAUAUUCAACAUCGAUUCUGUCAACGGAACUGUUUUUACAUCCAAACCUCUUGACCGGGAGACGCUUCAGUGGCAUAACAUCACAGUCAUAGCAACAGAAAUCGGCAACCCCAGACAAAGCAGCCGGGUGCCACUCUUCAUUAAAGUCCUGGACGUCAACGACAACCCCCCACAACUGGACCAGGCCUACGAAACAUUCGUCUGCGAAAAGGCCACGGCGGAGCAGCUAAUACAGACCCUAAGUGCUGUGGAUAAGGAUGACCCUCACGGUGGACACCAGUUCUCCUUCUCCUUGCCUCCAGAAGCAGUCAAUAGUGCCAACUUUACAGUUCAGGACAACAGAGACAACACGGCAGGGAUCUUCACCCGGAAGAACGGGUACAGUCGGCAUGAGAUGAGCGCUCACUUCCUGCCCGUGGUCAUAGCGGACGGGGAGCACCCGGCCCAGAGCAGCACGGGGACGGUGACCGUCCGCGUGUGCGCCUGUGACCGCCACGGGAACAUGCAGAGCUGCAGUGCCGAGGCCCUGGUCCACCCAGCCGGGCUGAGCACCGGGGCCUUGAUGGCCAUCCUCCUGUGUGGCGUCAUCUUGCUAGUGACAGUGGUCCUGUUUGCGGCUCUGCGGCGGCAGCGGAAGAAAGAGCCUCUGAUCAUUUCUAAGGAGGACAUCAGAGACAAUAUCGUGAGCUACAACGACGAGGGCGGGGGCGAGGAGGACACGCAGGCCUUUGACAUCGGCACGUUGAGGAACCCCGAAGCCAUCGACGACAAAAAGCUCCGGCGAGACAUCGUGCCCGAGGCCCUGCUGCUCCCUCGACGGACUCCCGCGGUGCGAGAGAACACCGACGUCCGAGAUUUCAUCAACCAAAGGUUAAAGGAAAACGAUUUGGACCCUGGGGCGCCCCCCUAUGACUCACUGGCCACAUACGCGUACGAAGGGAGCGGCUCAGUGGCCGAGUCCCUGAGCUCCCUGGGGUCUGUGACCACGGACGGAGAUCAAGACUACGAUUACCUCAGCGACUGGGGCCCUCGCUUUAAGAAGCUGGCAGACUUGUACGGGGGCGCGGACAGUGACAGGGGCUCCUAAUUCGCCCAUUGACUUUUGUGUUUCCUCCACCGUAGUGAGAUCCGCCAAGUGGCUCUCGCUUUCUAGUUAUCCACGGUUCCGUGAAGGGUUCUCUCCCCUACCAGUUUUCAGAUGUUCCAUGAUUGCCGUCUGUGUGGGUCAGAUGUUCCAGACUUUCUCUAAGAUGCUUUCACGAGCUUCCGAGAGGCAAAUGUUCAUAGCCUAGGGUGCCCGGCCCUCCCAGCAGGGCUUGCAGGGCGGUAGAGGACCGGGAAGGUGAAGAGCGAGGGAGGUGGUCUGGCUCCUCCACCCUCUCUGGACCCCAACUCUCAAGUGGGCUCUGUCUCAGACAACCUGCGGUUCUCGCUGUAUUUUACCCCGUGGCUUCGGGACAGCUGUUGGAACCGUUCCAUGCCUGUGGUGGAGUUAAGAGCCUGGGGUUUUAGAAUUAGCUCCAGUCAGUCCCAGGGAGGGCCGCUCUCUUAACGAGAGGCCCCCGAUGGGCUGAUUAUGAAAGCGACUCUCAGAGAUGUCCAAAAUACCACAUUCCGGAAUUCCUUGCUGCUUCUACACAACCACUGAAUCUAAGGAUUGAGGGGCGAAAAUUGGCUCAUCCCACCACAGGGGGAACCAGGCAGGAGAGGGGCUGGCCCACCCAGCUGAGGCUCACGGGGGAGUCUUGAUGGAUGAUCCCCCUCUUGCAGUGGGUUUGGGCCAGAGGAUUCAAAAAUAAAAAUAAAAUAAUAUCCCCUGGAAUGAAGUCACCGUGAUUCACACAGUGGUCUGAGGCCAAACCUUAACCGGGAAUGUCUGUGCUUUCUUCUCGACCCCUAUGGACACACACAUCCGUGCAAAGCCACACAGACAGAUAUGUACAUAUACACCUAUAUGUACAUACCUCCGUGCACACAGACGUCUAUGUGAGAAAAUAUGGGGCGGUGGAGUGUAGGAUCACAAGUGAAAAUGUGCAUUCUUGUACUUGGUGGAGGUCUCGACGGAUACUCAAAACUUGGUCCUUUCUUUGGAUGCUUUAUUGGAGAUUAUUAAAGGCCUAAUUAAAAUGAAAGAUGGCUUUCAACAACACGAA